AUAAGCCGAGCAGUGCUGUUAAACUGCUGAUAAGCUUAAAGUGCAUCGGUUGCACUGGAAAGCUCAGCUUUGACAUCUGCGCCAGCUGCAUCAGCUUGAGCGCGGCCAACUUAGCGAAAGCCGGUUCCGGUUUGGUCAUUUUUCUAAUGACCGGCUGCGUACAUAGACGCAUAAUUGUAAAAGAAAUAAAUCGGAAGGCAUCAAGCGCUAUUGGGGAUUUUUUUUAUUGUCAUUGCUAUUAUUUGGAUUGGUUUUGUUGCCUUCAAGGCCUUGUUCCUUGCUUCGCAGCAGACAGCCAGUUUGCUUCGACCAAGUGCCGCAGCUUGUCCAGCGGAGCACCCCUGCAGGCCUUCUCGGCCAGCGGAGCACCCCUGCAGGCCAUUUUCGGCCAGCGGAGCGCCCCUGCGCCGGCCCUCUUGGCCAGCGGAGCACCCUCUCCGGCCCUCACGGCCAGCGGAGCACCCCUGCACCGGCCCUCUCGGCCAGCGGAGCACCCUCUCCGGCCUUCUCGGCCAACGGAGCACCCUCUCAGGCUCUCACGGCCAGCGGAGCACCCUCUCCGGCCUUCUCGGCCAACGGAGCACCCCUGCACCGGCCCUCUCGGCCAGCGGAGCAGCCCUGCACCGGCCCUCACGGCCAGCGGAGCACCCUGCACCGGCCCUCUCGGCCAGCGGAGCACCCUCUCCGGCCCUCUCGGCCAGCGGAGCACCCCUGCACCGGCCCUCACGGCCAGCGGAGCACCCCUGCACCGGCCCUCACGGCCAGCGGAGCACCCCUGCACCGGCCCUCUCGGCCAGCGGAGCACCCCUGCACCGGCCCUCACGGCCAGCGGAGCACCCUGCACCGGCCCUCACGGCCAGCGGAGCACCCCUGCACCGGCCCUCUCGGCCAGCGGAGCACCCUCUCCGGCCCUCGACCAGCGGAGCCCCUGCACCGGCCUCACGGCCAGCGGAGCACCCUGCACCGGCCCUCACGGCCAGCGGAGCACCCCUGCACCGGCCCUCACGAGUUACUACGCCUUCAUGACUAAUCUGUUAUCAGUUCAAGGUUACUACGCCUUCAUGACUAAUCUGUUAUCAGUUCAAGGUUACUACGCCUUCAAGGUUACUACGCCGGUCAUGACCAUGAGUAAUGUUAUCAGUUCAAGGUUACUACGUCGGUCAUUUCGCCGGUCAAAAGAUUGUCUGGAUUUGACCGGAGGUCUGGGUGGAGGCCUGGAUCUGAGCGGAGGUUUGGGUUGCGAACACACAAAAACUUAA